AUGGCUUCUCAAUCAAUUAAUCAAAUUGAUAAAUUAAUGGAUACUGAAAAUAUCAAUAAUGAACAAAAUGAACCGAUAUCAAAAGAAACACUUCCAAGUAAGAUGCGCAUGAAAGAACGUAGCCGUUCGCAAACAACACCACAUGAGACCGAUAUCAAUGAUCCUGAAAAUUUGGAUUAUGAAGAUGUCGAUGAUAAUCAUCAAAACAAACAAUCGAAUCAUACGAUCGAAAUAAGCAACGAUGAAAACAAGUCGCAUACUGAUAUUCAAAACCAUGAAGAUAAUGAAGAAAUAGCAAGUGUACAAGAACCGCCAUUAAAAACUGAGCAUCCCGAAGCAGCAAGCGACGAAGGGGAAUUAGAUGAAGCUGAUUUGGAGGAUGGUGAGAUUCACGACCCAAGCGCAUCGAAGAAUAAAAAUGCAGCUGCCGAUGACGAAGUCGACGAACAAAAUCGUCGUUGUCAUUGGGGACCUAAUUGCAAAUAUAUUCAUCCUCCUAGUGAUUCAACCAGAAAUUUAUCUGGCGGUACUGGUGAUGGUUUAUUACCAGUAAAUAAUGAUAUUUCACCACCGGCAUCAGCUGGGAUCCCUUUGUCACAAACAACAACGAAUUCUUGGAUAUCACCACAAGCAACAGCUGCGGCACCGUCAUUUUUUCCCAACCCACUUCUUCGUGGCCAAGUACCACCCAUUGGCAUUCCACUGAUACAGUCCGGUGGUGCAGAAUCUGCAUGGGAACGCGGACUGCGUUCUGCUAAAACUCUUCGCGAACAAUCGAUGAGACGUAAACAACAAGAUAAAGAUUUUAUUGAUAAAAAAUUUAACUUAUCCAUCCGCAAUGCUGUUGACGAAAGAGACGCCGAUGACAAUCUUCCCGCUAUUGAUCGACAAUCGCCCAUAGAUUAUGAUUUACCCGGACCAAACUAUGGUCUUCAGCGUAGCUAUGAUCGAUAUCAUCCGUAUAUGUAUACGGGUUCGUCGAGUAAUUCUCAUUAUAAUAAUCAUUCUCAACGAAUGAAUAAUAACUCUCGACAUAAUAAUCCGUUACCAGCAAGUGAUCAUUCCGAACGUCGACCACGACAUUCGGAUGACUACGAUGACUCACGGAAUGAUAGUCGGAAUCGAAAAGAUAAAGUAUCAAAGGAUAGUAAAUCAAUGCCAAAACGAGAUGAUUCAUCGUCUUAUCGAAGAAAUUCAUCUCAACAACAGUAUGCUUCCGGUUCACAUCAUAAUCAUGAUGAGCAAUCACACCUGAAUUCUUAUGGCAAUCGACGAGGAGACGAUUGGCAUGAUCCAUGGGAUAGAUCGAGAAACCAUGGAAGUAGUCAUCGUCGUUCAUCAGGUGGUGGUCGAGAUCGUUCUUAUUCAUCAUCGUCUGCUUCAUCAUCGAGAUCGAGAUCGCGAAGUAGACCGAAACGACGUUCACCUUCUGUGACACGUGCAAGAAGACCGACACCAACAUCGAAAUCAUCUGAAAUGACGAAAAAUGGUCAUGAGAAAAAAUCCAAUGGAAAUAAAAGACCGGUCUCACCAGCUUCAACAACAAAUAAAUUUCUUCCUGGCCGACAAAUCUCAAGUCAUACAUUGAAGAAAGCAGAGAAAAGCAGCAAUAGUAGUCAUCUAACUUCGAAUAAUCAUUCAAAAGACUCACGUGGUAAAGAAUCAGAUGCCAAUACGAAGAAGCAAACCAAGAAAGAAAACAUUAGUCGAUCGGAUAGUACUAGUUCAUCAUCGUCGUCAUCAGAUAGUGACGUCAAUCAUAUCACGCGUCGAUCAUCUAGUUCAUCAUCGGAUAGCUCGAGUUCGGAAAGUGAUUCGCGUCCAUCAACAAAAACGAAAAUAGUCUCCGGUGGUACGAGAACAUCCACGGUUAGCGGCAGCCGUUCAACAAAAUCAAACACUCGAUCUGUAUUAUCGUCAUCGACGGGUGGCACUAGCAGUAAUAAAAAUACAAGUACAAAAUCGAAAGGUGAUUCAGCGGCACGAGAGCCAUCAUCGUCGAGUUCAGCAAAGAAACGACGUGAUACAUCGUCGUCGACUGGUUCGACGAGUACAACCAAAAAGACAAAAUUGAAUGAUUCUCAUAAGUCGUCUACAGAUGCAAGUAAUGCAGAAAAUUCAGAUUCGAAUAAAAAGAAAGAAAAGCAGAAGAUUUUGAAAAAACUCCAAGAAGUAGAGAAACUCAUAAGUCAACGAUCGACGAAAACAUCAUCUUGA